AUACAAAAGGUUUAUCUUUAACAUCAAUAGUGGAACGUAACAGCUAUUUAAGUAAAAUUAAAAAUUUGUGUGUCAAGAAAGUUUCCUUCAGUUGAUAAAGUGAUAAAUUAGAAAUUUCUUUUUGUUUUUAUUCAUAUUAUUGAACUUAAAUUUCGUAUCAAUAAAAGUUUGGUUUUUAAACAUCAUUACUCUAAUUGACGACUUAUUAUAUUUUACUGUUAGUAAAUUUUUACUAUGUAGAUUAUUUCUUUGGCUAAUUACUCACAUGUUUUUCAUGAAAGGAAAUCGCAUAGAAGAGUUAAUUUCAAACAACUAAUGAAGUUUUUUAUCGUAUAUGGUAAUGUCGCCUCCAACUAUAAGAUCUUCUCAAGGAACUACUGGAAGUCAAACUCAAGGACCACAGUAUGCAAAAGUAUUUGUGCAGCGAGAUUAUUCAGAUGGUACUGCUGUAAAAUUCUUAACCAAUUUUCCUCAAGAACUAGAAAACAAAAUUGAAAAAUCUGUUUUCGAGUACACUAUUAAUCAAUUGAAUACAUAUUUUGCUGAGGCAGAAAAAGCAUCAUGUAAAACCUACUGUGAAGGCUGUUUUGCUUGUUUUACAGUCUAUACAAUGUUUUUUUGUGUUGAUACUCAUUAUGAAAAAUGUUUACGAAAAGUAAACAAAUUUAUAGUUGAACAAAAUGAAAUGAUAUAUUUACCAAGGGGUUUACUACUUACCAAUCCAGUAGAAAGAGGAUUAAGAAUUAUAGAAAUAACUUUGUUGGAUCAGCCUGUUGUGGCGCGAGCAUGACUUACAUUAUCCGUCUCGACGGAAGAAUUCUUUAUGUAAAAGCAAACUUUUAUAAGUUGUGAGAUGUUAUGCAAAUGUAGCAUUGAAAACUAGCAUUUUAUCAUAAAAUUUUAAUGAUUAUAAUGCAUUCCAGCAGAGAAGAUUUUUGUGUUGUAGUGCUAAGUUAGUUAUAGCUUUAUUACUAUUUGUUUUAUAUGUAAGUCUUUAAAGACUAAAUAUUGCAAACUAAACAUUGCAUU